GAACUACAUUAUCCGCCAACAAGAGAGUUUCCUCCUACAUGAUCUGGACAAUUUAUGGGCUUGUGAUUAAGACUACGGGUGCUGUUUCUGGGUUUCUCCCCAGCGACCGCCAUGGAUGAGGCUUUCUAUGCUGGCAAGCGGCUUUCCUUCGACGGGCAGCUCUGCACAGUGAGAUAUUAUGGGGAAGUAAAGGGGACAACCGGGAAAUGGCUCGGUGUUGAAUGGGAUGAGCCAAGCCGCGGAAAACACUCCGGGGAGCAUGGAGGAUUGAAAUACUUCGAAUGUAUCAGCAAUAACCCAACGGCUGGUUCAUUUGUACGGCCAACACGCAAAUUCGAUACACCGCGUUCUUUCGUGGAAGCAUUGAAGGCAAAGUAUGCCUCCGAGUACUCGGAAGAUCCCGAUGUGCAGAUCGUCUUCGUUCAAGCAGAUCCGAAUAAAGACACCCUCAGUCAACAGAAUCGACCCAUCCGUAUUAGCGGGAAAGAGGUGGAAGAAGUUGGUUUCGACAAAAUCAGAAAACAGCUUGCCGACCUCCACGAACUGCGUAUCGUUAUCCUAGACGGCUUAUGCAUGUGGCGGCCCAUUGCCCGGCUGAGUGCAAGGAAUAAAAGCACCGAUGCUGAUGCAUGGCCCUCCAAUCUCACUGACAUAUCGGACACUUGUCCUAAAGUUACCGAACUCGACCUGAGUCGGAAUCUGUUCGAGGAAUGGAGAGAAAUAGCUUCUAUCUGUGAGCAGUUAGGGAAACUGAGAAGCUUACGAGUCGAUAGCAACCGCUUUCGUGACAUGAGCUUGACGCCAACCGAACGCCAACUAUGUAUGAAGGCAUUCGAGAACGUUAGCUCGCUACGUUUAGCAAACACUCUACUUCAGUGGGAACAGAUUACGGAUAUCACGACUCUUUUUCCCCGCCUUACAACAUUUGUCGCAUCAAGUAACGCCUACUCCACGCUUAGCAAUCACGUCUUGACAACGACCAUAACCGAUCUCAGUUUGGAUGAGAAUGAGUUUACUUCACUGUCUGACCUGCACCCUCUGACGAAAUUACCGAAACUGCAAAGGCUGGUGCUCAAAUCGAACAAAAUCACUGAGGUGGCUUGCGCGGGAGCCAGUCUCCCAAUCUUUUCCUCAACAGUAACAGAAGUCGAUCUCUCCUACAACGAGAUUUCAACCUGGUCUUUUAUAGAUAAGCUCGAAGCCGUCUUCCCCGGCCUGACUUCUCUUCGCGUCUCCCACAACCCUCUGUAUCAAUCUUUACAGGCCCCAGAUGGAAGAGCCCUUAGCGCAGAAGAUGGCUAUAUGCUGACGUUGGCGAGGUUGGGAAACCUCAAGGUGCUCAAUUACAGCCCUAUAUCUCCAAAGGAGCGCCUCAAUGCGGAAUCAUAUUAUCUCUCUCUGAUCGGCCGCGAGCUCAACUACUCGCCUCCCCAUCUCGAAUCUCAUAUCCUGGCCUCUCAUCCCCGCUACGCCUACCUAAGUUCCGAGUAUGGUGUGCCAGUCAUCAAUCGGACUACCACUGCCGUCAAUCCCAAUUCCCUUGCUGCUCGGCUUAUACGGUUUACUUUCUAUCUGGGCGAAAGUGCAAAACACGCUCUCGAGGAACGGUGCUUGAAACACGACGAGAGGAGAUUUGAAAUGGAAAUACCGAAAUCAUGCACAGCAUACACAGUUCUGGGAAUAGUGGGCAUGUACUUUGGCCUGCCUCCCAUCAAGUGCAAACUGAUAUGGGAGACGGGGGAUUGGAUGCAUGCGCCUCACGCAGCUGAAACCGGUGAUGAUUCCGAUUCCGAGAGCACUGACGAAGACUCCGAGGGUGAAGAAAAAGGUGGAAAGCAGCAGGUCAUGCGGGAAGUAGAGAUAGUCCCAGGGACGAGAUUAGUUGGGAACUGGGUCGAAGGCACGGAGGCGGUUGUUAGGGUUGAAGUACGUUGAAGGCGGUGUACUUACAAAGUCAUGGAUGGAUACCUUCAGCAAUGCGAAUAAGCAACCUCGUCACUAAUGCACUGUAGUUUCCCCAGGUCCCUGAAACUUGGUGCAACCAGAGCCAGACAAAUCCAUAUGCAUGAUGAGUUGCAGCGCAGUUAUGUUCUCGCUACGGGCAACACCGUCAAGUGCCGGUUGAUCUUAUUGACUUUCGAAUUUGAAGGGCUUGAAAGUCUGUACGGAAUGAGGAAUGAAGGCUGAAAAAGGAUGCACGCAAUUUUUUAAGUGCAAAACUCCCGACAUUGUUGAGAUUCAAUGAGGUUGUCUGGUAUCAGACCACUGAGCUUCACGCUCCUCAACUCUCGGCCGAUCCCAAUAGGAUAGAUCAGGCGAGUCAGCUUCAAUAACUAUAUCUUGGCUCUAUCGUUGUUGUAGCCACUUUGAGAUGCGCCUUC